CACUCCUCCCUCCUCUUAUCCUACGCAUCUCCCCUCCUCUUCCUCUCCCCCCUCUCUCUCUCUUUCUCCAACCCAAAAACAAAAACAACUUCCCACAACAAAACCCAUCAACAUACUCACCUCUUUCACACACACAAUUCAUCAAAAACAUGUCAUCUUCAUCUUCAGCAUCAGCAAUAGUAGUAUGGUGUAAAGAAGAAGAGAAAGCAUUUGAAAAUGCCAUUGCAAUGCACUGGUCAGAAGAUGACUCAUCAAAAGAGCAGUGGGACAAGAUUGCUUCAAUGGUUCCAAGUAAAACCAUUGAAGAAUUGAAGCAACACUACCAGUUACUAGUUGAUGAUGUUGCUGCCAUCGAAGCCGGUCACAUACCGGUCCCGAGCUAUGUUGGAGAAGAAGCUUCUUCAUCAUCAAGCAAGGACCACCACCAUGGUUUUCAUGGAGUCACAAACACUGCUGUUGAUAAGAGAUCAAGCUGCAAUUAUGGAAGUGGGUUUUCGGGGUUGGCGGCAGUGGCACACGACUCCGCCGGGCACAGCGGAGGAGGGAAGGGAGGAUCUAGGUCGGAGCAAGAGAGAAGGAAAGGAAUUCCAUGGACGGAAGAAGAGCAUAGGCUGUUUUUGCUUGGUUUGGACAAGUUUGGGAAAGGGGACUGGAGAAGCAUAUCAAGGAACUUUGUGAUAUCAAGGACUCCAACACAAGUUGCAAGCCAUGCCCAGAAAUACUUCAUUCGAUUGAACUCUAUGAACAGAGAUAGAAGGCGAUCCAGCAUCCACGACAUCACCAGUGUCAAUGGUGGGGGUGGCAGUGGUGAUGUUCCGAUUCAACAACCACCCAUUACCGGUCAACAGACAAACCCGGCAAACCCAACAACCACAUCGGCUAUUGGACCACCACCAGUGAAGCAUAGGGCACCAACAAAUAUGCCCGGUUUGGGCAUGUACGGAGGAGCACCUGUAGGGCAUCCAGUAGCUGCCCCAGGCCACAUGGGUCAUAUGGGGUCGGCAGUUGGUACUCCAGUUAUGCUUCCUCCAGGUCACCACCACCAUCCACCAUAUGUUGUCCCGGUGGCAUACCCGAUGGCACCUCCAACAAUGCACCAAUAACAAACAAUCCUACAAAGGGAUUUUGCUCAUUUCUGAAGUGCAGUGACGCAAUCUUGAAAUGUUUUCUUAUCAGAUAUUGAACCCCAUAUUCUGAAUAUACAAUAACUACACUCUUUUUUUAUGUUCCCUUUGUAACUUGGGAUAAUUGUAGUCAAGACAUUCAGAACUGUCUUGAUUCAGCCUUCUGUGAAUCAAAAGGACAAACAUUAACUCAAAA